AACCCCUGGUGAAGCCCAACCCAGCAAACAGCUACCCACCUCCCCAUCUUCCUCUUCCAACAGAUCUCUCUGCAGAGAGCUCAAACUCGAGCAAAGUUUCGAUGGCAGCACAAGUGGUAGCUAAAGCCAUAGCCAUUCUGGCUCUCCUGGCUACCCUCUCCUCCCACGCCGCUGCGGUGGAUGUGCUGUACAGCGGGCAGACUCUCUAUGCAGGCCAGUUCUUACUGAAUGGGCCUUACAAGUUCAUCAUGCAGGCUGACUGCAACUUGGUGCUCUACGUCAACGGAAACAGGGCGCUGUGGGCUUCCGGCACCAACGGCAAAGGCAGCAACUGUAGGGCAAUUCUACAGGCAGACGCCAACUUGGUUGUGUACACAGGAGGUAAAGCUCUUUGGGCAAGUGGGACGGCCAGAGGCUCCGGCAACUACCGCCUGAACAUGCAGGGAGAUGGUAACGUGGUGAUCUACGAUGCUGCUGGACGUGCUCUGUGGGCUACCAAUACGGUUCAGCAUGCGAACAGGAAAGCAUAACUCGCUUCGCUUUCUGUAGGUCCAGUGCCCGUUUCUCCGCUUCCCGUGAAUAAAAUAUAUAUACUGUUGCUUCCUACAUAAACGGGGUCAGGACCGCCUGCGAAUAAAAUAUGCACUGUUGCUUAGUUCCUAUAUGUACUUGUAGAUUGCGUCUUGAGUUUCAUACCCUCAACGACUUUGAUCUACUGCCGUAGUUACUUAAUAAAAUUACAUAUUAUCUA